AUGACUAACAUGCUAAAAGAGGUUGACUCAGUAACUUUCAAUGUCAUUGAAUCCUUGCUGUCCCUUAUCUCAGGGCCAAAGGCUUCAUCAAAACUAAGCAGCUGGUCACCAGCUUCCAAGCUUACGCAGCUAAAGAAGGUAGUAUGUGAAGAAACAAAUGUAAAUGAGUUUGAAAACGUGGAUGUUGAAUUGUCAAGAAUCAUUACUCACAAGACAAGCAAAUCUGGUAAUAUGCAAAACCAGCUUAAAGAAUUGGAAUCCAAUAUUCAAGAUCUUGAAGAUGGACUCAAGUUCUUGAUGAGACGUUUGAUCAAAAUAAGAGUCUCUCUUCUAAACAUUGUCAACAAUUAA